AACUCUAUGGAAACUGAAAGCUAUAAAGGGAUGUGUAGUCCUUGGAUCUGUGUCUUAAGAGUCGGCAGUGGAACAUAAAUUACUACCUAUAGCUGGCUCCCUUCGUGUCUGGAGGUUAGCGGUGGCCUACGGAGACACGUUUUGACAGAUUCCUCGGCAGAGAGAGUUUCAGUAGGGAAAGGGGCGUUCACCGGCAAGUGUCAAACUAACAGCUGCGGUAAAUGUGCACAGAGAGACAGAAGGGGACCGGAAGCUGGAUUCUUCCGAUUUGAAAUAAAAGCAAAAAAAAGUGCCCUAUAAAAACAGAACCGAAAGAAUAUAUACUAUAACGUAUGUUUUGGCAAAAAAUGCAAUUACGGUGACUACAUGUAUUUUAAAAUAGCUUAAAACGUUCACUUUUUCACAAAUAUGUUAUUAUGUAACGAUUAUUCUGACUGCUGAAAUCAGAACGCUUUUAUACUGAAAGAACAAAGCGGAAGCGCUCUACUCAUUCCCUUUAGCUUGACAGCGUUUCACUAACUGUCCGCCCUGCCCUGCCUGAGUUUGCAGUUGAGUGCGCCAGGGCAGCACGGCUAUAUUAUAUAACUUUAAUGUACUCACGGGUUUAAUGGCGAAAGAGCAGCAAAUCGUGCCGCAGAUCUGUGGAUCCAUUGCGGAAUCAUCCUGAAAAUCGUGAGCGAGCGAGUGAUCGAUCACUUUUUUUUCCUCCUACCGGCGACGUGCGCUAAAAGUUAUCGACAGAUCGGUGAAACGGCGCACACGGAGGAUCUCGCCAAGCUCCAGCUAGGUCAGCAACGUUGUUGACUUUAGUUAUAAAAUAGUUGAUAUUGCGGACGAUGUUUUCAUGCUGUACGGGGAGCGAGGCGGCAAUAAAUCCAGUUGACAUUUCACCACGCAACAUUACUGCAAGGAAGGGGUUUUAUUCGAGAGCCUGACCGGUUGUGGACAUUGCGUUAUUUCUCACGUUUUUUUUUCUCCAACUUGGACUGACAGGAGAUGACCUAACCGGCGGAGCGCAUCUUUCUUUCACUACAGGAUAAAGAAAUGGAUCAGGGUGGACUCAAGCGCAACGGUAAUCGAGACGACAGCCUGACAUUUGGGGAGACAGCAGCCAGAGUAGGCAGAGAUACAGGUGACACAUCUGCUUCACGUCUCCAGUCUGUGUCUCACCUGCCCGGCCUCGGGUCUCUGCCCCAGCCCGCGGUGGCCCCAAAUGGACGGGGUGGAACCAAAGACCAGGGGGAUCUUGGUGGCCUCUUUGAGUCCCCUCAGCAUCAUGUCCUCCGCGAGGGGUCAGACAUGGAGGAAGGUAAAAUCAUCAGAAUGCAGAAACAACACCAGGAUAUCGGUGUGUUCGGCAUGGAGGACAACUUGCCGUUGUUGAAACCGAGUAUUUCCGAUCUGGACCAGACGUCCACCUCUGUCAUCAACACCUCGGUCUCCUCUGUCCUUGGUAACCGCCCUCUGCCAGACCUGUUUCCCCAGAACAUCAAGCAGGAGGGGAGUUUUUCUCUGGAUAAAGACUUGGAAACCUACAGCGGACACACGAGUGGUGGUCCGUGCGACUUGGAUGGCAACAGCAUUCGCCUACUCGAGGAUAACGAGAUUUGGCAAGGCCUGGACCUUCCUAAUUCUCUGCCAGAAAUCAGUGCUUUUGAGUUGGAUUCAGAAGUGGCACACUUGGAUAACAUCCUACUUGACAACAGGGGUGGUGGCGGUCCAGUCAGUGGCUUGGAAAAGGAAACAAAACCUCUCGUGGGUAACGGAGUAAACUGUACCAAUGUGAAUGGCACCAACCGGCAGCACCAGACCAUACACCAUCAGCAGCAGCAGCACCACCUUCUACAGCACCAGCAGCAUCCGCUUCACCAUCAACAGCCGGCGCCUGCGACGCUUCUCUCCAGCGUUAUGGUCAAGGUAGAGAAGGAUCCAGACGACUCGUUCAUCCACAUCCGUACUUCCGGUGUUGUGAAACAGGAGAAGGAGGACGGCGCUGGUUUCUGCCAGCCGCAGUGUCUCCAGAGCAGCAUGAGCUCUCUCCACGGAGGGGGCGCCAUGUCCUCGCCGAUCGGUGUCGGUGCAGGAACUAGCUACCACUACAGAGCCAACCCGUCCUCUACAGUGGGCCUACAAGACCAGGAGCCUUAUAGCAUGUUCGCAAACCUGCCUCUGGUGGGCGAGGCCUGGGGCAGGGGGAACAGGUUUGGAGAGUCCGGGUUACAGAGGGGUGACGAUGGGCUCCCCUCCACCACGGCCUUGGCAAGUUUUUCCGUCAACUUCACCAGCUCGUCACCCAGAGCGGGAGAGACCAGCAGUUCUACGGUGCCGGGCUCAUCCAAGCCCAGUGGGCAGACACAUAAAAUCUGUUUGGUGUGUUCAGACGAGGCCUCGGGAUGCCACUAUGGGGUUGUUACCUGUGGCAGCUGCAAGGUCUUCUUCAAGAGGGCUGUCGAAGGAUGGAGAGCACGACAAAACACAGAUGGCCAGCACAACUACCUGUGUGCAGGGAGAAACGACUGCAUCAUUGAUAAGAUCCGGAGGAAGAACUGUCCAGCCUGCCGCUUCAGGAAAUGUCUUCAAGCCGGAAUGAACUUGGAAGCGAGGAAAAACAAGAAGCUGACCAAGAUGAAAGUGCAUCGGCCACCUGGAUCGUCAGAGCCAAACUUGCCCGUUCCAGUCAUCCCCAGGUGCAUGCCCCAACUCGUGCCCACCAUGCUGUCAGUGCUCAAGGCCAUCGAGCCGGAGAUCAUCUACUCGGGCUACGACAGCACACUGCCUGACACCUCCUCACGGCUCAUGACCACUCUGAACAGGCUGGGGGGUCAGCAGGUCAUCUCUGCGGUCAAGUGGGCCAAGUCACUGCCAGGCUUCCGCAACCUGCACCUGGAUGACCAGAUGACAUUGCUGCAGUGCUCCUGGCUCUUCCUCAUGUCUUUCAGUCUUGGUUGGAGGUCGUACGAGCAGUGCAACGGUAGCAUGCUCUGCUUCGCCCCUGAUCUCGUCAUCAACAAAGAUCGUAUGAAGCUGCCCUUCAUGAACGACCAGUGCGAGCAGAUGCUGAAGAUCUGUAAUGAGUUUGUCAGACUGCAGGUGUCCUAUGAAGAGUACCUGUGCAUGAAGGUCCUGUUACUGCUUAGUACAGUACCGAAAGAUGGUCUGAAGAGCCAGGCGGUGUUUGACGAGAUCAGGAUGACAUACAUCAAGGAGCUGGGGAAAGCCAUCGUCAAGAGAGAGGAGAACACUAGUCAGAACUGGCAACGUUUCUAUCAGCUAACUAAGCUACUGGACUCCAUGCAGGAGAUGGUCGAGGGUCUUCUCCAGAUCUGUUUCUACACCUUUGUGAAUAAAACCCUCAGUGUGGAAUUUCCGGAGAUGCUGGCAGAGAUCAUCACCAACCAGAUACCAAAAUUCAAAGACGGGAGCGUCAAGCCUCUUCUGUUUCAUCAGAAAUGACUGCCUUAAACUGUGAAGCAAUGCCUUAAAUCCUGCCCUGCCCGUGUACCUCUCCGGGGCCCCAAGCUUUCGCCCUAAGCCUUUGCUUGUCCUGCCUCUCACAUCACUCGGAUAAUUCGAUUCCUCGUUUUUCCCAGGCCCCUUCUAGGAAUUCUGCCACACCCCUCCAAGCCUCAACCAUUCAGCCUUAUCUCGGAGCACAAUACCUGCGGCCUCACGCCUCUUAUUAUGGUCCCAGGUUGGGCCAAACUACAGUGGGACACUCUACCAACCGAUGUGUAGCCCUUCCUCUUGGCUAAGCAAGAAAAAAAUUGUCCUCCAGGGGAAAUAAGUUGGCUCUGAAUGUAUCAUGGGCAGGAUGCAUUUUGGGCAAUCUAUUUUUUUUCCCAGCCCCUUCACCCACCCCCUCCUCCGUCCACGACCCUGUCCUCAGGUUUUCUAAUGCUGUUUCUUUUGUUGACCGCCUGCCUCUUACUCUCCUGCCUCCAGUGUUUUAUUGCUGUUUUUACUGACAAGCCAACACCUAGAAACACCUUUUCCACCCUCGACAUGACACCCUAAUAUCCAACUCGCCGGAUGAGCAGCCUGUUGAAGCUCCCUUCAAGUUUAAGCCUGCUGUUCCUCUGCUCACCUGCCCAGCUUGUCUAUGUUUGCCCUUCCCAGCUCCACUGCGCAGAGAAUGUAGUGAGUGUUCACUUGUUGUGGUUUCCAGAGGACUUUUGGCGAUGAAAGGGGAUAAACAAAAAGACAGAGAAAUGAGAAACAUUCUCUGAAAUGAGAGAACUUCUCCUUUUUUUUCUUCUGGACCCGUGGAUAUUGAGGACGAACUGUUUUCAGCUGUGGAUCAGUCAUCACUUCUGAAAUGAUAGGAAUCAGAUUUAUAUACCUGACCAAUGGAAGAAAAAACACAGAUCGAGGAUUAUUUUAUGCAGACAUGCAUCUCUGUACACACGCAAAAGUCACGCUUACACACACAAACACACAAAUUAUUCGUAGACACAUUCACUCAGCGAAAUGUUUACACAGGAUGUAUCUGAGAAGGGAAAAACAGUGCCUUUUAGCUUUUAAAGCUCUUCAUAGCCAUCCGCUCUAAACCGUGUUUUUUUAUUUUUUUUUGCAUCUAACCAUUACAGACAUAUUUUUUCUGUUUUCGUUUUCUUUCCAAGCAGCCGUUUUUGGUGUUUUUUAAUGUGGGCAGCUCUUUCUGUUCUUAUCCCCAGACAUGUACAUAAGGAAGAAGCCUAUGGUAUAGAUUAACAAUGCAUAGAGCAGUAUGAAAUAUUAAAUAUGAAAUCUUAAUGUUUUAGGUCUUAAAAAGUCACAGAAUCCCAGAAAAAAAGACACAUUUUUAAUGUGUGUUUCUUCACCAAUGGAAAGUAUAUCAGAGAAAUAUACGGCAUCUCCCAAUCAGUAUCACAUUGUUACACAAAGUUACAGUACCCAUAUUAUAUCAACAGAUAAGAAUAUUGAAUAUACACUAUAACAAGCCUUUGAGAAGUUGCAGCCACACUGGUGCUAAAUGGACACCACUGGAAUUAAACAAGGCACUACUGACUUAAACAUUAGAGUUUAGAUUUUGGAAUCAAUGAGUCAGUGGAUCAGCGAGUUGUUGAUUGGAAUCAAAUUUGUUUACAAAUCUUUGUAAUUUAUUCAGAUGCAAUCACACAAGUGAGAUUUUUAUAACUAAAUUGCCUUGGAAAGAAACAUCCAAGGCGUCUGUGUUUUAGUAAAUAGCCAUAAUGAUCCAAGCAAACCUGUCUUGAAGUCAAAACCGUCCUUUCAUUGCCGGCUGCAGUCACACUGAGGUUCUAGUUUAGUCAAUGGUUUCAUACAACUUUAUUCAAAAAUGUGGUUUCAUGGACUUACCUGGCCAGACAGUCUGUUCCCACCUCAGAAGUCACAGUAAGGCCAAAUAGCAGUCAUUUCAUGGUGUGUGUUGUAACCUGACAGGAGUACUAGACAGGUUGGAUUUUCAAAAUAAGGUACCACCAACACAGUAAGAGCGAGACAAUUUUCAAACUUCUUAAUACUGAGGCUGUACUGAAUAGUUAGAAGCUUUAUUAAUAAUGCUGCAUAAAAUGCUGCACAGCUUCUUCUUUUUUCUUUGCAUGUCUAUUAAUUUUGUUUAAACCAGGUAGUUCUGCACAGCUGCAGAUAAAGAUCCAUGGGAUCCAAACAUCUCUAAUAACUUCAGAGCACUAUAAAGUAAAAAAAAAAUCAAAUUUGGUACAGCCCUUCUAAAUACUUCAGAUUGUAUUUACUGACACUGUGUCCAGACCUUAUAAACUUCACCUUAUAGUACUCCUGAUAGGUAAACAAAAGCAUAUUAUUUGGGACAUGUGUAUUGCAUUUCACUAAAAAAUACCAUUUUAAAUUAAAUAUACCCUUUAAUCAGCUUCAUCUCAAAUUAUUUGCACAAACAUGAAGUGGGGUUCUCAUUAAGUUGUUGAGCUAAACGUGUCUGAAAAGGUAAUUAGAGCUAUCUAUCUAUAUCAUAUAUAUAUAUAAAUAUAUAUAUUUGUUUUGUAUAUAAGAUGUAAAAAUAGAGACACUCAUAAUCGAUGGAACCUCUGAUCUCAGCACAGGAUUUCACCUCUACAUAUUUUUGGAAGACGAUGCAGUUUGGUCCAAAUAAUUUGUGAAUCAAAGCUCAGGCUAUGAGUAAAUACAUCUCUUGGAUGUUUUCCAUUAGUGCCAAACGUAAAAGAAAUCUAGUUUUUGUAUGUAUUUUCCUGGAGAUGUGAAAGAUUAUUCAGUCGGGACUAUAUGGUUUUGUAAUUUUGCUCGAGGGUGCUCAUUUAUGAAAGAGAUCUUAGUUCAGUGUCACACCUACACCAGCUUAAAAGUACUGAUUGUUAUCAUCCAAGUUGAGUGUAUGAUAUGAUAGGCUUAUUUUGGAGAUGCACAAAAUAUUGUAUUUUUGAAAUUGCAAAGUAAGCAGUAAUAUCUAUUGUUCUCAAACAGGUAGUGGUCAGCAUUUGGUACAUUUUUAAUGUAAAAACAACAUUUGUACCAGCUUACUGUAUGGCCAAAGCAAAAUGCAUUAAUAGUGCUGUUGUACACAUUGGCUUCAGCUGGAAGCGCAAACCCCCCCCCCCCCCCCUUCUAUACCCCUAAGUGUUUCCUGUAACUGCCAGGCCUCUCUGGCUAAAAGGUUGACCAUAGAGAUUUUCAGACAUUUAUUCUGAAUGGUACUCAUCCCUUCGCAGCGCAUAACUCUCAAUGGCCGUUAACAGACCAGGUAGCAGGUUGCCAUAGAGACCAGUCAUUUGUGUGUUACUUAUAGCUAACGGCACAGCAGACUCUGGACGCAUAAAAGCUACUAUUCAAUAAGAGCCAAUAUGUUUUUAAUCAGCCAUGCUGCCAAAGGAUGGUCACUCACAGCAGGGUUUUUCACGCAGGCUUUCAGCUUCACUCGGUCUUGUGGCCUUGAGUUGUGCAGAACACGGGCUUGGCAUCGCUCAUGUCAAUGUUGAUUAUUCUGGGGAAAUUGAUGAAACUGUUUAUUUGUUUGGGUGACUUUUGCAUACAGUAUUACAGUUGUUUCCAGGUGGUGGUGGUGCUUCAGAAAACCAGCUUUAACGUGUAGAUGUAAUCAUAUCCCUGCUCAUUUCUGAAUGGCCAUAGGUGUAUAUAGCAGCGCCGACAUAUCCAGUGCAAUGUAAACAGUGUCUAUUAUUACAAAAUAUUUUUACAUGGACAUAACCGCUAUACUCCUAUACAUUUUUCUCUUUUACCUUUCAACUACAUGUAAAGGCCUUGCGAAAGGGAGACAGAGAGCCAUAGAAAUACAAUUUCAAAUCAGGAAAUAGAGAAACCCUUAACAAAUAUCAAUGCUUUUGGAGAUUGAUCUAUUGUAAAAAACAAAAACAAAAAAAAAUAUUUUCUGCGAUUUUGAAUACAUCAGCUUGAUCGUCUUUGAUAUGAAUAAUUUUACCCAAUCCUUUUUGUACAUUGAACGAGUCAAGAAAGUAAAUAUUUUUCUGUUUGUUGGUUUGUGUUUGAUAAAGGUAGACGUGUUGAAUACAUUAGGAAGUGUUAAACAUGUUUGUCUUGUGAAGUAAAUGUAAAUUCUACGAGUCAAUGGGAAAGUCUAUGUGAAUGCUCACUGUGUUUUAAAGUUCUAAGGAAACGAGGGAGAGGGAGGGAUGGAAGGUGAGAUGUACUGGAGGAGGUUUUUGCGUUAUAUAAGAGUGACCAAAGCAGAGGAGAAAAAAAAAAGAUUUAACAAACAAAAAGAAGUAUUCAAGCAGUUACAUUUUAAGUAGCACUUAUUAUCCAACUUCUAGUACUUCUCAUUUUAUUUGAAAGGUAUAUUUUGUAAAGGUCCAGGCUGUGGACCAUGUAUAUUGCUGUGAGGAUUUACUGGUCACUUUAAAAUAGAAAAUGAAAGAAAAAAAAAAAGUUGAAUCUCCGUGUGAAAGUAAAUCUACCAGAGCCUGACGGAAUUGCACUACCCUCAUACUGGUUGAUAAAGUCUAUUUUGUAUAAACUACAUGCAAAUAUUAUCUUUAAAGAUUAAGGGCAGAUCAUGUUUCACUGGUACAUAUGGCUAUAGCUUUCAUUGAAGUCUGUUUUGUUCGUAUUUCAUUUAUGUAAAUGUAAUCCAAUGUAAAAACAAACAAAAAAUAUAAAAUGUUUGUUUAAAAAAACAAUAGUUUGUUUUACUUCUGUAUUACACCUACUCUGUAGUCAGUGUCGAUAUUUUCACCUAUUUGAUUAAAUGUUGAAUUAAGUUAUCUGUGUUGUUCUUUGACAUUGGAUUUAGCAUCGCGUUGGCAACAACUUGGAUGAUGUUUUUGUCAUCACUGGUUGAAAGUGAAGAUUCGGAAGAACUGAUUUCUCUUUAGUUCAAACAUCUUACACAAUAAAGUUUCCUGUUUUUCAAUGCUCA